GCAAAGGUCCGCGCGGCUCCGAGCGCUGGGGGAGAACGGGGCCGGCUCGGUGGUUGGUUUGCUGCGACCGUUACCGAUUGCCACCGGCGGCACGGCACGGCUCGCCUCUUCUCGUCUCUUUCCUCACAGACGCGAUGGCUUCCGGAGACCGCCGCCAGCAGGAAGCCGCCAAGCCGGCCUUCGGCGAGGACGAGGUGGCCGAGCUGGUGGCCGAGGUGUUCGGACUAAAGGCGGCGUGGGUCAGGCCCCUGCCCAGCUAUGACGAUCAGAACUUCCACGUGAGAGUCUCGAGCAGAGGCGAGGCCGAAGGGGCCGAGGAGUACGUCCUCAAAAUCACCAACUCGGAAGACAGCCGGCAGCCCGCCCUCAUCGAGGCGCAGACCCAGGCCAUGGUGUUCCUCAGCGCCCGCGGCUUCCCCGCCGCCACGCCGCGGCUCACGAAGGACGGCAGCAUCAUGGCCCUGCGGGCAGGUAGCGGAUCUGGAAACAAAAAGUACAUGGUCAGACUGCUGACUUAUCUGCCGGGCACACCUGUGGCUAAAAUUGCUGCACCUACUCAGCUUCUGUAUGAUAUUGGCAAGCUAGCUGCCAGUUUGGAUAAAGCUCUUACAGAGGAAUUCCAUCAUCCAUCAGUAGGAAGUCUGCAUCGAGAUCAGUUCAUCUGGAACCUGGCGAACGUCCCUCUUCUGGAUCAGUACAUGGAUGCCUUGGGCCAGAACGAGCACAGAGAUGUUGUGCAGUGGGUCAUCCAGCAGUUCAAAGAGAAAGUCACACCCAAGAUAAGCAGUUUUCGAGCUUGUAUCAACCACGGGGACCUCAACGACCACAACAUCCUGGUGGUUCCUGGCUCCCCUCGCGGGGCGGCCCCGCAGUACCGCGUGUCGGGCGUGCUGGACUUCAGCGACAUGAGCUACGGCUGCUAUGUGUUCGAGGCGGCCAUCGCCAUCAUGUACAUGAUGGUGGAGAGCGCGGAGCCUCUCGGUGUGGGUGGACACGUCCUGGCAGGCUUCGAGAGCGUGCUGCCGCUGACGGGUGCGGAGCGGGCAGCGCUGUUCCUGCUGGUGAGCGGCCGCUUCGCGCAGUCGCUGGUCAUGGCGGCGCACACAGCGCUGCUGCACCCGGAGAACACGGAGUAUCUCAUGGUCACCGCCAGGACGGGGUGGAGGCACCUGAUGGACAUGUAUGCGCUGGGCCAGGAGGCGGUGGAGAAGAAGUGGUUUGAGACAGCCACGGCGUAUGUGAGGCAGCCCUGUGAGGUGGGGCUGCAAUAGAAUCAUAGAAUUGCAAGGUUGGAAACGACCUGCAAGAUCAUCCAGUCCAACUGUCUUCUCAUUAUCACUGCUACCACAAGCACUAAACUGUAUCUCACAGCUCCUCAUUCAGAUGCCUCUUGAACACUGCCAGGGACGGUGACUCCACCACCUCCCUGGGCAGCCAUUCCAGUGCCUGACCACUCUGACAGAAAAAGUUCUUCCUUAUGUCCAACCUAAACCUCCUCUGGUACAACUUGCGGCCAUUUCCUCAGGUCUUGUUUGUUGCCUGGGAGAAGAGGCCAAACCCCUCCUCACCACAACCUCCCUUCAGGAAGUUGCAGAGUGCCAUGAGGUCUCCCCUGAGCCUCCUCGAGACUGAACAAUCCCAGCUCCCUCAGCCACUCCUCAUAAGGUUUGUGCUCCAAACCCCUCACCAGUUUCGUUGCCCUUCUCUGGACACGCUCCAGGGCCUCAAUGUCUUUCCUGUAGUGAGGGGCCCAAAACUGAACAUAAUACUCGAGGUGUGGCCUCACCAGUGCUGAGUACACCGAGAUGAUGACUCCCUGCUCCUGCUGGCCAUGUUGUUUCUAAUGCAGGCUAGGAUGCCGUUGGCCCUGUUGGCCACCUGGGCGCACUGUCAGCUCACGUUCAGUCGAGCAUCACCCAACACCCCCAGGUCC